AGAUUUACAUAGUCUUCACAUUGCAUUUGAGCCAAGUGAGUCCAAGUGAUGACUGUAGUUUUACAGGAAAAAGUACGGUUGGGGAAUUGACUUGUAACACACACUGCGUUAUAACAGAAAUUAACAUGAACCGGGCAGAUUCUGGGGAUAGAAAUGACACAAUCGUACCAAGUGAGCUGCGAAAAGACGACCACAGACGUCUACAGCUGACUACAGCUAUCAGUUGUCCGCUUCGCGCGUGAAUUUUUUUCCGUGCAAUUUGCAGAACAGGCUAACGUGGGAUGAUUAUCACACUUGUCGUUUUCAAAACAUUUUGUGGAAGUAUCUUUCACCUCAGAUCCCAUGACAUGAAAUCAUACAACGCGAAAGUAGUAAUUAUUCAAGGCCUCAUAAGCAGUAACUCGUAGGAUGUUUUUGCGAGUGAAAAAGCUACUUCCGGUGUUGAAGCAUUGCCCGAAGUUGUCACUUCCGCUUUUCGACACAACAGUCAGCCUGUAACAGAGUUAUGACUUCAACAAUGGCGCCGCGUCAAAUUAAUGAGGGCUUCCCGAAUCUUAUGCACGCUUGGGGCGAAGACAGAGUGUUGCAACUAGACGAAUCGGUUGUGACGCCUGGCUUUGCAUACAACCUUGCGAGGUAUUUUCCUUCGGGAACACAUCAUGAUAAAGAGAAGUGCAUAGAGAUAAUGGAAAAGAUUGGAGUGUCAUCGGAUCCUGCAACGUGGUAUUCAACAGGGACUCGCGCGCGAACUCCGGCAAGACCUCGAAGUGUUCCACUUCGGUCUGUCCGUUCUCCCGAAAACCGCAAGCACAGCUACACAAAAAACCCAGAGCUGUUCUACAUGACCACAAAUAAAAGAGAAUUUGGAGGAACGUUUGGUCCUCCAGCGGGAAAUGCGAGGCCAGAUACUUCGAAGAUAUUUCCAAGCAGAGAAAAUAAGAAUCUGUCAACUUACCAGACCGACUUUAACGAUAAAAAUGUAAGAAAAGCUCGUGCGAUUCGUGCGGGAAGCGCAUUUGGCGACAAAAGAAACAAUCCCCACCCCUCUGAGGCAUUUAUGAUCUGGAAAUUCCCAAGUCGUCUUCCACCAGUCCACAUGGAGGAGAUAAACCCAGAGACCAUGCAAGAACUGGAACAAGGCCAGUUAAAAUCAACAUAUCAGAGUGAUUAUACGGGAAUUCCGCAAGGGGUGAAUAUUUCCACUGUUUUUGAAGGAGAUCUUGUUCCAGCAUUGUAUAAACCACCAUACACACUGGACUCUACAACGCGGUACACUUACCAGACACCUGCUGUCAAAAGUGAGUUGGCAGGAAACCUCACUCGUUUUGGGUGUAACAAGAACAAGUAUAAACCAGCUGUAGGUGCAGUUCCUACAGUUUCAUACAAUUCUCCUCAAAUGCACUUGUAUGGAAGGACACAUUACUCCAGAGACUAUGUUGACAAGUCAGCUGUUUUAAAGGAAGGAUCAAGAAAGUUCCAGUAUGGUCCAAUUCCAACCCUGGAUGAGUAUCUGAAAACUGCAAAGCCACAUGAAAGGGAAAGUUUAUUACGAAAAAUACAGAGCAUAGCUGUAAAAGACAAGCAAGAGAACCGUGAUCCAGAGUGGCUGUCACAAUGGACUGGACCUGCGUAAAUCUGUUGCCCAGAGAAAUACUGUCACACAAAACAUUGGAAAUAGCUGUAAUCACAAAUGAGUUAAUAUAUUCCGAUGCAAUGGUCACCCUUUUAAAGUUUUAUACUGACUACAAAGUUGAAAGAGAUGAGGAAUGGAUAAAAUUAGUUGUAAGAAUUCAACUACUGACAUCAAAAGUAAUUUUGCACUUUUUCUAUAUCCGCCUCUUACCCUCUUUCUACAGUCAGUGGGAAACGAUUAGUAAUCAUAAUCAUUUUGGACAAUAAGUUAUUAUUAAGAGGGGGAAUAAUAUUGACAAAAAAACUUAGCUAGAGCAAUGAAUUCUAAAAUUCAACUGUUGAUCUUGAAUUGCCACAAUGAAAAACAAUUCAAGGGCUCUAACAAUCUUAUGUCAACAGAUGUAAAUUUUUUUCAAAACAUCUGAUAUUUAUUCCUUCACAAUUAUUUUAUACAGGAGGUGAUAAAAAAUUGUGUUUCUCUUAAGAAGAAAUCAUUAUCAGUAACUGUAUGUUGUACAUUAUGAUGUAUAAAUUUACUGAUUACAAGACAGUGUCAUGUACAACAGUUACUAUGCUUAAAACAUGUUUCUUAAAUACAUGCUGGUUAAUUCAACUAAAACAAGCUGGGUUCAAAUGAAUUCUGAAAUAGCUUAAUAUUAAGUGCCAAUACAUGUAUUUGCUUUAUGGUGUGAGCUGGCUUUGGUGAAUGAAAUCUCAUAAUUUCCAAUAAAAGCUAAUCUACAUCCA